AUGCACUGUGUGAGCAGCGGCAGCAUCUGGCCAAACUAUGAGGCGGUCAGAUGCUUUGAAAGGGCCAUUCAACUGGAUCCGAAGCAUGCUUAUGCGCGUACCUUGCUUGGCCACGAGCUUGUAGCCCUGGAGAAGUAUGACAAGGCCAUACAGGAAUACCGCAGCGCCAUCGAUGUGGAUCCACGGAACUAUGGUGCAUGGUGGGGCCUUGGGAGGGUCUGUCAGAGCCAGGAAGACUUGGUACAGGCCAAGUACAACUUUCUGCGAGCUGUGGAGAUCAAUGGUUCCAACCAGGUCUUGCGAACUUCCCUCGGCAUGGUGCUGCAGGCCUUAGGGGAGCCACAGCGGGCUUUGCAACUUUUCAAUCGCGCAGUCGAGAGCAGCCAUUGCCGAGCAUUGGCAUUGUUUCAAAAGGCAUGCAUCCUGUCCUCGCAAAAGCAGCACGUCAAGGCUGCGGAUGAGCUCGUGAAAGCCAGAUGUUUGGCUCCGCGCGAACCGUGUAUCCAUGUGCAGAUGGGGAGAGUACAGAUAGGCCUUGGAAAUGUUCCGGAAGCCCUACAGCAUUUCACGCAUGCAAUGGACUUAUGUGCUGCAUCUGGAGACCGAGAGCUUAUUGCAGCAGCGGAGGAAGAGCUUCGCAAUGCACUGCCUGCUGAAGCAAGAUCAACGAGAUCGCUGACAUCUGCUUUGUCAGAUGCAGGCAUGGUGUGA